AUGAACAAAGCAUGGCCAUCGGUAUACCAACGCCAUUCGUCCAUGCCUUUUCCCUUUCCUACGUUGACGGCCCUGUCAAGUCGGCUCGGAUACUAUUCAACUCGCCCUCGCUGCCUGCCCUCGGCGGGUUUUUCUCUCACAGACCAGGACCUCCAUAUCAUGGUGGCUGCUGCGGCCGCACACGCGUCCUUGCUGGUCUAG